AUGGACGUGAACAGGCCACGUGAAAAUGGCAGCCAGCAGGCUGCUAGAAACAGAAAAUUUUAUGCUCUUCCUCAAGAAUUAGAUCAUAAAAAAUCAUUACGAAAUUAUUCAUCAGAUGUCACUGGGCUGCUUCAGUUAGUAUCAGAAAGUGUCAUUGGGAAGGACAAGGUUUUCAAUGGACCUUUUGGACCAAGGAAAGUGAUGUACAUGGACUAUACAGCCUCAGGAAGAAGCUUAUCAUUCAUAGAAGACUUUAUCCGAUCCGAAGUAUUACCAGAAUACGGGAACACUCACACAACAACCAGUGUGACCAGUCUACAGACAACACUGUACAGACAUGAGGCCAGAGAUAUAGUACGGAGUGCUGUGAAUGCCAGUGAACAUGACGCAGUGAUAUUUGUCGGCAGUGGGUGUACGGGCGCGGUGCACAAGAUCAUUCAUGGGUUAAAACUACCAGAGCCGCCUGUGGUAUUUGUAGGACCCUAUGAACACCAUUCUAUUUUGUUACCUUGGCGAGAAUACGGAGCAAAUGUGGUGCAGAUACGUGAGGAUGAAUUCGGACAGAUAAGCCUGGACCACUUGAUCACAGAACUUCGGAAGUGGCAGCCCAGUGGAAAACAGUUGAUUGGCUGUUUUUCUGCUGCAUCAAACAUUACUGGAAUUUUAACAGAUGUUGACUCUGUGACAGAGUGCCUUCAUCGCCAUGGAGCUCUUGCAUUCUGGGAUUACGCCACAGCUGCCCCUUACGUCAGAGUUGACAUGAAUCCAAUCAGAUCUAGUUGUGACAGCUCUCUGUGUUCAAAGGAUGCUGUUUUUAUGUCAGUACAUAAAUUUGUGGGAGGAGUGUCUACCCCAGGAGUUCUUGUUGCCAAGAAGUCAUUAUUCCAGAAUCCUGUCCCUGAGGGAUGUGGAGGUGGUUCAGUGUUUUUUGUGAGAAAGGAAAGGCAGCGGUACCUGCAGGAGCCUGAAUUGCGUGAGGAGGCUGGAACACCCGAUAUUGUUGGCUCCAUCAGAGCAGGGAUGGUGCUACAGCUAAAAGAGGCUAUAGGUCACAAGGUCAUCAUGCAGCGAGAGGAAGAACUCUGCAGAAAGGCUGUAUCUGCUUGGCAGCGUUGUCCUGGAAUGAUUAUUCUGGGGAAUGAGUCAAGCACUCGACUACCCAUAUUUUCAUUUGUUGUUUAUAACAUUGAGACUGGACUCCUGCUUCAUCACAACUUUAUCAGUGCUGUCCUAAAUGAUGUGUUUGGUAUCCAGGCACGGGGUGGAUGUGCGUGUGCAGGCCCGUACGCUCAGGCUUUGUUAGGUAUAGAUGAAGAGUUAGCACAGAAGUAUGAAGAACUAUUGGCAGAGGAUAGUCGUUUGGACAGAAUUCACCUGAGAAGAUAUACAGAGUACUCAGACAGAGAAAUUCUCAGACCUGGAUUCACCAGGAUCAACCUGCCUUACUUUAUUACUGACGAGGAACUGGACUUUGUCAUUCAGGCUGUUCAAAUUGUGGCUACAGAGGGCUGGAAACUAUUGCCUAAGUACAUGUUCAAUCCUCAAACUGGAGAAUGGAGGGCAAGAAAUCAUCAGUUGUUCAGAGACAGAAAAUGGCUGGGUCACAUCAGCUACUCCUCGGGACAAAUGACCUACAAGGAUCCCUUCACAUUAAGAGGACAGCUACCCCAAAAUUUACAGGAAUGCUUGAACCAGGCCAAGCAGCUUUGUGAGACAGUCUAUCAGCUACCAGAUUAUACCAUGAUAUUUGAUGAGGAAUCCAGGCCAUUUCGCUGGUUUCUUCUUCCCAGUGAGGCACAGCAGUGUCUGAGGGGUCAAAGUUCACAAGAAAGCAGUCACAGAGGUCAGAGUUCAGAGGGUGGCUGUCAGAGUUCACAGAUACCUUUUUGCCCCUCAAAACUGUGUCAGAGAUUUGGUGUGCAGCCUAAAACUAUUCUAUCUGUUGAUGGAAAUGAGAAAAAGUUCAUCCAGGAGGAUUUGCCUGCUUUGGAUUCGGUGACAAGUUCUCCACAUUCUCUGAAAAAUAAAGUCAGUUUCAUGACAGGAAUGGUACAAACUUUACAGAGUGGGUUCUCCAGCAUUGCUUCUGAUGAUCCAGAGGUGUCAGAGUCACUCACUGAAAAUCAAGAAUGUGUUAUGUUGGAUGAAAAUCCUGAUUCGGAUUGUGUCUCAAGUGAGGACAGAACUUCAAUGUUUGUAACAACUGAGACACAAAAAAUGUCUAGUAUGACAAAAGGUAAUGAGCCAGAUCUGCUUCAGGAUGAGAGGACCAGCUCAUGCCAAGGAUUAAGCCCAGGGCCUGAAACCAAAAUGACACUUGGCAGUAUGUUAGAGGUCAGUCCUGAAAGUAAGUUAACUUCUGUUUCAAGUAUUGUAGACAAAGACAAGGAUAUUCCAGGAGGAGGCUCUGUAGACUCUGAUAAAUCUAAAACAGUCAGUUCAUCCAGAUUAAAGAGGAUAUCCCAAUCAAAGAAGACUUCCUCAGAAAUCACAGAUCAAGAAAACCCAAAGGCAAAGAAAACAAAGAUUUUGAAGUGGCAUUGUCCAGGGAAGAAGAUAUUUAAUCCCUUUCUGGAGGCAGUAGAGGAGUACAGCAUGCUGAGGGUGAAUGACCGUGUCUUAGUUUGUCUGUCCGGGGGAAAGGAUUCCCUCUCUCUACUACACACCAUCAGACAGUACCAGUUCUAUGCCAGAAGCAAGGGAAAGAACUUUGAGUUUGGAGCAGUGACUGUGGACCCCCAGACCCCAUCAUAUGACCCCAGCCCUCUGAAAGACUACCUGGCAGUUCUUGGGGUUCCAUAUUUCUAUGAGUCUCAAGGUAUUUUAGAGAGUGCUGCAGGGUUGCCAUAUGAGUGUGCCUCUAUUUGUAGUUUCUGUAGCCGUAUGAAGCGAGGUCGUAUUUAUGCCUGUGCCAGGAGAGAAGGAUACAAUGUCUUAGCUCUCGGACAGCAUCUUGAUGACCUUGCAGAGAGUUUCCUCAUGUCUUUUUUCUAUAAUGGCAUUCUAAGAACUAUGAAGGCAUCCUAUACAGUGCAGGAAGGAGAUCUGAGAGUCAUUCGUCCAUUUGUUUAUGUACGAGAGAAAGCCUUGCGGGAGUUUGCAGCAGAGAAGAAACUGCCAGUAAUAGCUGAGAAUUGCCCAGCAUGUUUCGAGGCUCCAAAGGAGAGACACAGAAUCAAGCAGCUCUUGGCGUCUCAGGAAAUACUCCACCCACACCUUUAUAACAGCAUGAUGUCAGCGAUGAAGCCCGUCAUGGCAAUCAAUAAGACAGGGGUCAAUCUGGGGACUUUGUUUCAAGGGAUGAACAAAGGGGAUGAGGAAGAUGAUGUCAGUCUGCCCUGAAACAUAAACAGAUGAUGAGUAGUGGGGAUGAGCGUUGCCCCAUGGCCUAAAAGGAUAAAGGGCAUGAAAAGUGGGGAUGAGCUUUGCCCCACGGCCUGAAAGGAUAAAGGGCAUGAAAAGUGGGGAUGAGCGUUGCCCCAUGGCCUAAACAGACAUAGGACAUGAGCAGUGGGGAUGAGUGUUGCCCCAUGGCCUAAACAGGCAUAGGAUAUAAGUAUUGUGGAUGAGUUUUGCCCCAUGGCCUAAACAGACAGGAUAUAAGUAAUGUGGAUGAGUGUUGCCCCAUGGUCUAAACAGACAUAGGGCAUAAAUAUUGUGGAUGAGUGUUACUCCGUGGCCUAAACAGACGUAGGGCAUGAGAAGUGAGGAUGAGUGGCUGGAGUAUCCAGAUCUUAAAUGUACUCAGCAGACUCAACGUGAUAACAAAAUAUGGAUUUCAAGGAAUAACAUGUCACUGGAGAUACAUGUAUAUAUAGAAAUGAUUGGGAGAUCUAGUGAAGACUAAUCUAUAAAUGGGCUGAACUACUUGUCGUGUUUAAUUCAGUGAAUGAUCCUACUACAACGAGGUGACAGAUGGCUGUCAACAUUGUGAUGGUGGAGGUAUGAGGAAGAGUAUGCCUGCGUACCAUUGGACAGAAAUAGAGGAGUACAUGUACUAGGUAUUUGAAGAUGGACCCACACUUAAACGGACUUCUGUCUCAUUUUCAAACUGCCCUAUUUUCAUGUGCUUCUUUUUCGACAAGCUGAGAUCCAUAAUUAUGUAGAAGUGGCUCAAGGAUUUCUUAUUAAUCAGUGGAAUUUAUAUAAAAUUCAAAAACUUUAAUUUGUUAGGGGCCAAAAUUUGGAAUUUGCCUGAUCAAGCUUGUGUGAGAGAUUUAUGCAAAUCAACCGAUGACCAGAUUAGAUAUAGCUCUUGCAUUUUGGUCAGAAUGAAUCAUUUAUGAGAAAUUUUAUGUAAAUGGGAUAUUGACUUUUAAAUAGUAAACUCUAACAGCUGGUGGUCACCCUCAGGAAAGCUCAUAUGAUGACUAGAUUUUAACAUUCUUUUCUUGCAAGUACAUGUAUUACUUUCUUUUCUUUAGGUUUUUUUAAGGGUAAUGGAAAUAAUAUACCUUAUAUAAGGUUCCAUGGAAUUCUUUGUUUACCUGGUAUCUGUGAAUGAGAAAUUCACCGUGUGCCCUAAUUGAUUGAUCAACAUUAUUGUGAAUAUGUACAUCUUAUUAUACUGUGAGAACUCCAAAACUAAAAUCCAACAUCACUAAUUUUGAAUGUACAAUAUAUAAGGAAAUAAUAAAUUUCAAGAUUAUAAUUUUCGUAACAGUACCACUGCAAUUUCCCCGUUUGUCAAUGGAACAACUUUUAAAAUAACAUAUCUCAGUCAUGUAUGAUCUACAUGUAUCUAGGGAGGUGUGAGAAGUUAUAGCAAAAGUGAUGAUUAGUCAAAGGUGUCUUGAUGAUUACAAGAUAUUUUCAUAAACUUUUAGUUCUACAUUGGAUUGGUUGUGAUAGGUUUUUUACAAAAGCGAAUAUAAAUGUUAUCUACUUAGAGAGUUUGCAUGCUAGCAUAACAUAAU